GCACUGCAAAGGCUCAAACACAUAACCUGUUGAACUGUUCUACUUGAUCGUUGCUGCAAUAUGUCCAAAAUGUUCAAGAAAGUCAAAGAAGGCAAGGAGAAACUCAAAGAAAAAUUCUCCAAGAAGAAGGAUACAUCAUCGCAAAGUCUGCCACAUGUAGGGGCCUUUGCCAUAACCACGCCGCUGCCAUCGUCAAGCCGGGACACGGGACUCAGCACAGGACUUAGCACCGCUUGGAAUGGUGUUCUGAGCUUGUUGAGUAUCGCUGAAAAGACUCUCAGUAGUGUCCCGGUUCCUGGACUCCAGAGCGCGAUCAGUGGUUUCCUUGUAGUAGCCAAUCAGUUGAAACAAGUCAGUGGCAACGCCGAUGCGAUUCGUCAACUCGAGAACGGUGUCAAAUUCUUUAACCAGUCGGUAUCGGAGCCGCUCGAACAAUAUAAGGGAAAAGGCGCUGUUCCACCCGAGCUUGCCCAAGCAAUCGAUGCAUUAUCGGCUAAUCUUGAUAAGGUUAUUUCGCCGUUGAAAUCGUACCAGGGCCAAAGUCGUGGUCAGCGGUGGGCGGAUCGUGAUAAAAUCGGUGGCGAUGUCCAGGCAGCUGGGGAAGGGAUACGUGAUGCUGUGAGGGCCUUUCAAGUAGGCGGCGCAGGUAGUCCGACUUGCCUUAGGGAUUGAGCAACUUCGCUCGGAUGAAGAAACGAAGCAGUUAGAGUCCCAUCUUAACACUCUUUUUCAUACACUCGAUGCUGGCUAUGACACCAGCCGGCAGGGUGCCCCAUCCAACUGUUUCUCUGGAACGCGAACCAAGAUUCUUGAUCACAUCAAGCAAUGGUUGCACCGACCAAUCAGCGAUACAAGUAAAUCCGUGUUCUGGGUGAACGGCCUGGCCGGGAUCGGCAAGUCGACC